AUGUGCGGCUCAAAGAGCAACCUCUGCUCUACCAAAUCCCUAACAGAAGCCAUGAGGCUGAAAUCAGAAGACGCCGCCGCCGCAGCCGCCACGUAUCUUCUCGAAUUCGCCGCCUGCGACGAUCUUCCAUCGUUCAAGCGAGAGAUCGAAGAGAAACAGCUCGAAAUCGACGAACCGGGUUUUUGGUACUGCAGACGGGUCGGGUCAAAGAAGAUGGGUUUCGAAGAGAGAACGCCUCUCAUGGUCGCCGCUACCUACGGAAGCAUCGACAUCCUAAAUUACAUAAUCGCCACCGGAAAAUCCGACGCGAACAGAGUCUCCGGCGACGAGAGAGUCACAGCUCUUCACUGCGCGGUCUCCGGCUGCUCCGUCUCCGUCGUCGAAGUCAUCAAGAUCCUGCUCGACGCCUCCGCUUCGCCUAACUCCGUCGACGCCAACGGGAAUAAACCGAUCGAUCUGUUGGUUCGAAAUUCCCGGUUUAUCCCUAACCAGAGUAAAAAAUCAAUUGAGCUUCUCUUAACCGGAAAUCAAAUCUCGGUUAGUUUGGUUCAAGAAACAGAGGAGGAAGAAGAAGUGAGGAGUGUUGUGACUAAGUAUCCAGCUGAUGCGUCGCUUCCCGAUAUCAACGAAGGAGUCUACGGCACAGACGAGUUUCGAAUGUUCAGCUUCAAGGUCAAGCCAUGCUCGAGAGCUUACUCUCACGACUGGACCGAGUGUCCUUUCGUGCAUCCUGGCGAGAACGCGAGGAGGAGAGAUCCGAGGAAGUAUCCGUACACUUGCGUGCCGUGUCCCGAGUUUCGUAAAGGCUCUUGCCCUAAAGGAGAUGCUUGCGAGUACGCGCACGGCGUCUUCGAGUCUUGGCUUCACCCGGCUCAGUACAGGACACGGCUUUGUAAAGACGAGACCGGUUGCGCGAGGAGAGUCUGUUUCUUCGCUCAUAGAAAAGACGAGCUUAGACCGGUUAACGCUUCAACCGGGUCUGCUAUGGUCUCGCCGCGGUCCUCGUCGUCUUCGUCUCCUGAGAUGUCGGUUAUGUCGUCGCCGAUGAGCUCUCCUAUGGGGAGUAACGGUGUUCCUUGUUCUCCAAGAAACGGUGGUGGGAUGUGGCAGAACAGAGUUAACAGCCUCACGCCGCCGCCGUUGCAGCUUAACGGUGGUAGUAGAUUGAAGUCGAGUUUGAGCGCGAGAGAUAUGGAUAUGGAGAUGGAGCUUAGGCUUCGGAGACUCAGUGACUUCAAGUCGUCUAAUCUGGAAGAGAGUUUUGGAUCGAUGCUUCAAUCUCCGAGCAGGAUGAAUCAUUAUCCUUCUUCUCCUGUGAGGCAACACGGCUUUGAAUCUUCAGCGUCCAUGGCAGCAGCUGCGGUGAUGAACGCGAGAUCAUCGGCGUUUGCGAAACGCAGCUUGAGUUUCAAGCCAGCUCCGGUGGCUUCUUCGAAUGUCUCUGAUUGGGGAUCGCCGAAUGGGAAGCUGGAGUGGGGGAUGCAGAGAGAUGAGCUGAAUAAGUUGAGGAGAAGUGUCUCAUUCGGUAUUCAUGGAAAUAAUAACAACAACAAUGUGUCGCCGCGUCCUGUGAGAGACUACAGUGACGAGCCAGAUGUGUCGUGGGUGAAUUCACUGGUGAAAGAGAGUGGACCGGAGAGAGCUUUCGGGUUGAAUGGUGAGAGGGUUGGGAGCACGGUGAAUGAUGGUGGAGCGGUUAGGGAGCAGUUUAAGCUGCCGUCAUGGGCAGAGCAAAUGUACAUAGACCAUGAGAAGCAGCAGAUUGUGGCGUAA